GGCCCUGUGCUAUUCGUUUUUCUUUCGCAAGAAGCAAGUUUCAGAAAUUCGAAUAGCAUCUUUCUCUGCGAUCAUCCAUGAAAAUGACUCCCUCUCUUUUCUCACUCUCGCUGCUGCUGCUGCACAUUGCUCUGCUCUCGUUCCUCUGUUUCGCUGGCGACCCAACUGUUUUCUUUGAGCUUCGGGUCUCUUACACCACUGUCUCGCCUCUCGGUGUUCCUCAACAGGUGAUAGCUGUCAAUGACAAGUUUCCAGGCCCUCUCAUAAAUGUUACUACUGGUAACAAUCUAGUUGUGAAUGUCUGGAAUGAUUUGGAUGAGGAUCUCCUUCUUACUUGGCCUGGGGUUCAAAUGAGACGAAAUGCAUGGCAAGAUGGUGUUCUGGGAACAAAUUGCCCUAUUCCUCUCAAAUUGAACUGGACAUAUCAAUUUCAAGUGAAGGAUCAGAUUGGGAGCUUCUUCUACUUCCCUUCUCUGAAUUUCCAGAGAGCCUCUGGUGGUUUUGGUCCCUUAGUUAUCAACAAUAGGGAGGUUAUCCCAAUUCCUUUUGCACAGCCUGAUGGGGAUAUUGUUCUUAUCAUUGGUGACUGGUAUACACAAAACCACAUGGCCCUGAGAACAGUACUUGAUGCUGGAAAAGAACUUGGUAUACCGGAUGGAGUUCUUAUCAAUGGGAAAGGACCUUUCCGAUACAACACCACUUUGGUACCUGAUGGCAUCCAAUAUGAAACUAUUAAUGUUGAUCCUGGCAAGAUUUACAGAAUUCGUGUCCACAAUGUGGGGAUAUCAACUAGUUUGAACUUCAGGAUACAGAAUCAUAAUCUAGUUCUGGCAGAAACAGAGGGUUAUUAUACAGUUCAAGCAAAUUAUACCCAAUUUGACAUUCAUGUUGGGCAGUCUUACUCUUUUAUUGUGUCUAUGGACCAAAACGCAAGUUCAGACUACUAUAUUGUGGCAAGUGCAAGGUUUGUCAAUGCAUCAUUGUGGCAGAAAGUCACAGGGGUAGCAAUCUUGCAUUAUUCUAAUUCUAAGGGACCUGCUACUGGUCCUCUGCCAGACCCACCAAACGAUCUAUACUACAAAGAGGAAUCAAUGAAUCAAGCACGAAGUGUGAGGCAAAAUACAUCUGCUAGUGGAGCUCGUCCCAAUCCUCAAGGAUCCUAUCAUUAUGGCUCCAUCAACAUAACUGACACUUAUCUUUUAAAAGUUCUGCCACCAGUGACAAUCAAUGGAAAAGUUCGAGCUGCCAUUAAUGGGAUUUCAUUUGUUAAGCCAGAAGUACCAUUCCGGCUAGCUGACAAGCAUAACUUGACGGGAGUUUAUAAACUUGAUUUUCCCAGUAAGCCCUUGGAUAGGCCUCCAUUGAUGGACAGAUCUAUUAUCAAUGCUACUUAUAAGGGGUUUAUUGAAGUUGUGCUGCAAAACAAUGACACCACAAUGCAGAGUUUUCAUUUGGACGGCUAUUCAGCGUUUGUAGUUGGGAUGGCUUAUGGUAAUUGGUCAGAAGAUUCCAGAAGUCAGUAUAAUAAGUGGGAUGCCAUUUCUCGAAGCACAAUUCAGGUCUAUGCUGGUGGAUGGACAGCAGUCCUGGUUUCUCUUGACAAUGUUGGAUCAUGGAACCUGAGAGCCGAAAACCUGGACAGGUGGUAUCUUGGGCAAGAAACAUAUCUGAGGAUUGUCAAUCCUGAAGAAAAUGGUGAUACAGAGAUAGAUGCACCGGAUAAUGUUCUAUACUGUGGUCCCCUCAAGGAUCUACAAAAGCACCCGAUUUCAUCUUCUGGGUCGGUUGUCUCUUCUCCCGGAGGAAUUUUCACAUCCAUGCUGGCACUGCUCAUGUUAAUUUACGUGUUGCAUAUAUAGAUAAAAGGGAGAGGAAGGAGUAGUACAUAGACAUGUGUAGGAGUUUUUUAUGGCUCCACGUACAAGCAAUUCAAAUAUGUUAUUACUUGUGUCCUGUGUACUUAUUGUCUUUCCUCUAACUUUGAUAUGUUCCAGUAAAUCAGUAAUUGCUUU